AUGUAUCCUAAACACCCUAUGGUGGAGGAAGAGGACCAGGACUGUCUGAAGCUGUGUAUUCCCAGCGUACAGGAUAUCAUGGAAACGGCCUGGAAGAAGUAUUCUUCUGAAGUCGCACCAAUACUUCAGAACCUCAGAUGGCAGGGCCAUUCAAGGUUGAAUCAAACAUAUGAUGCUUAUAGUCAAGCCGAAGGCGUAGAGGGUGCUAUUGAUGCUCACCUGCGUAUGACGACGCAAGACCCAUCUGAGUUAUUCGCACUCGAAGACCUUAGAAACCAAAGCUACUGGAACCCGGAAUACAAAGAAGGCAACUCUGAUUACAUACGAGAUGCUCCUCUCUCAAAAGUGUGGGAGCUGGUCAGUCAUUACCAAUACACGGAUUACCCUUGCAAGCCACAUCAUUCAAUACAUGCAUAUAUUCUGAUUCUCUCUUUCAUGGGUGAGAAGCUGGCGAGAAUUAUUCAAGCUAUGGAUGAUGGAAAGGCGCUGGUCUUACAACACUCGCAAUUGUGGAACUUUGCGGACACAGAAGCAGCACCAGUGAAUUAUUCGUCCGGUAUAGGUUAA